CCCGCCCCGCCCUACCCUGCCCUGCCACGACACCCUACGAUACCACGGUCUCUCGUCCCGCCUGCUCGAAUUUUCCAACCCGUACACUUGUGAUCCGGUUAGGCUUUGUUCCGAUCGGGUGGCUUUGUGAUUUGGCUUUGGCUUGGAUUCCCAUCGAUUCCUUCGGCAUAGUUACCUCUGCCCUUUACUUUCUUUGAGUCUCGUUCAAAUCAAUCUGCAACCCAAAAUCCUCCCGCGCUUGUCCAACCAGGUUCUCUCAAUCAAAAGCAUCAAUUUCGCUUCCAACUGAAUUCAUAUAACUCAACAACCGCACCGCCCCUCCCCCGCUUACUCGCUUUCCUUCGUUCAACUCUCCUUUACACACACACAUAUACACCCACGAACACACGACACUUGGUCCCUCUCUCUCCGAUAGAUCAGUCGUCCACCUACCCACACGCCGUAACAGCAUGCCUGCCGCUGCCGACACGCCCUCCACCACCACGACGACUACUGUACCACCCACCAAAGCCGCCCGCCGCAAGCCCGCCCGGCUCCUCCGUCGUCGCGCCGGUCACCCACACGAGGAAGACGAUGAUGCCGAAACAGUAGGAUCGGACGACUCCUACAGCGAUGAUUCCGGUCUGAGCGAGGAAGAAGGGUUCAGUGAUUGCGAGAGCGACGAUGAAUUUGAGGAUGCAUCCGAUGGUGAGGGGCGGCAAGCAGCGGUGGAGAAACCGGCGACUAAACAGAGGACGGAUACCGAUUUGAUGAUUAAUGGGAUUGCCCCCCACGGGGGCAAGGCUGAGACGGUGGAGUUCGAGGAAAUGGGACGCGAGCGAACGGUUGCGAACGGCAAGCGGAAAGAAGAGGAAGAAGAAGAAACGGUGGAUGGGGAGGUGGAAGAGACGGUGGUGGAAGAGGUACAGCGACAGGAACCUAAGAAGCACUUGACGCCGUACGAGCGGAGGCAGAGAGAACACGAGGAAUACAAAAAGCGGCGCGCCGAGGAUCCGAGUUUUGUGCCCAAUCGAGGCCGGUUCUUCAUGCAUGACUCCCGCGACAACGCCGGCGGUAAUGGGUUCCGGCCUUUCGGUCCUGGCGGUAAAGGGAGGGGCGGUCGCUUCGGGAACAGAGAGUUCCAACCGCACCAUCAAGCGCCACCACCGCCCGAGCUCGCCGGCGAAUGGCUUCACGACAUGCACGAGCAGAUUGAGACUCAGGUUGAGCAGCAGCAACAACAGAGGCCUGCUCCAGCUUCGGCGCAAUCUCAUCAACAGCAGCAAAAUCAAGGUCACAACAACAAUAACAACUUUGCUGCCGGUCGUCAGCGAGCUCCGGAUCAACCUAGGAGCUUUGGUCGGACUUUGCACAAAGGGACUGUGCAGAUUCAGGUCAAUCUGCCCGGUAUGAAGGCGCCGAUCACAUUCAGCGAGGUUCCAUGCAAAGUUUACACCCGCCUGCCGUUCCACCGCCCGCCGCUUCGCCGAGACAAGCCCGUUAGAAUCGCACUUCCGGAGAGUCCUGUUCGUUACAUCUACCCGAAUGUGCAACGGUCGUUCAUCUUCAUUCCACGGGCGAUGCGGCCGGGCGGGUCGGGAUAUAUCAGAGGUGCUGCUGGCAGGGGACGGGGUGGCUAUUCACAAGGUGGCCGAAGUUUCUACGGCGGCGGGUCGACCAUCUAUUCGCCUUCCGUUGAUAUGUCGAGGCGGUCAUCACUGGUAUACGAUACGCGCCACCACACGCCGGCACAGGCCAUGCACCCCCAGGCAGGUCACGCACCGACUCCCAGGCUUGCAACUCAGCAACCGCCGCCCUCUUACACUCCUUCGUACACUCCUGCGAUGAUUCCGGCUCCAUAUCGCGAAGCUCGUGCUACGCCGAAGAUUCCGAUGUAUCAACCUCGGCCCCAAAAGGCUGUCAAUGUAGCCGAAAUAGACUCACCGGCGGUCAUGCACUUUCCCAGCAACUACAGUGGCGGCAUUUACACCGAUCAUGUGCCUUCCGGGACUCCUCCCCAGCACAUGCAACAACAUAAUCGGCACCCAUCAUAUACGUCACAGGCACCCGGGACUCCACUAUCGCAAAUUCCGGAGGCUGUCCAUGCAAGACCUUUCCAGCCCAACCCCUACCCGCAGCAGCAGCAACCCUACUAUCAGCAGUACCCUCCUCCACACGCACCGCAGCAGAAUCCUAUGCCCCAUCCUCAGCAUGCUCCGAUGCAGCCACAUCAUGGGGUCUUCCACCCUCCGCCACCACCAUACGUCGCCGGUCCAUCGCCCAUGCCCAACGGACCAACAAACCACUACAUCCCUCAGUCAAUGCAGCCACACCAACCGCCGCCGCCACUUCAGCAGGUUCCAGGACCGGCUCCGCCUGGGCCAUCCGGGCCAACGACGAUCGCCCAGGAGAGCAACGGAAUGGUUUACUAUUCGACGUGGGAUCCCAAUACCACGUACUAUCAGUACCCACCGGCCCCUGGUCCGACCUACGCCGAUGCGCCCGUCAUGACGAUGACGCCAGGACCAGAUGGCCAGGGGCAAAAUGUGGGUGGGACGAUGUACUACUACCCG